AUGGAUACGGAUAUGGAGACAGCGUCGGAUGCCUCGGUCCGGUUCGUCGAAUCCGACUCAGGCUCCGACACGGCGGGACCUGCUGCCGACCGCCGCGGCAAGCCUAAGAAAAGUGGGCUCAGUCGAGCAAGAAUAGAGCUCAAAGCCAAAGAAGAUGAGGAGAGAGAGCUCGCUUUCGAGCGGACCCUCAGAAGCAGGGCGUUCAAAAAAACGCCUGUGGUCGUUCCCGAGCUUGAAGAAGCUGCUUCGUUAGCCAAGGUGGAUCCGGCCCUCCAGAGCAACGAGGAGCUCCGCGCGGAGGCUGGCCGCAGUGCACGCGAGAUUAGAGAGGUCGCGCUGAAGUCCUCCAACCUCAAAGGAGACUUCAUCAAGAGGCUGAAGGACGCAGCGGCCUCUCUGGAAGGCGUCGUCGAAGCUCUGGCGUCCCGGACGGAGGCCGACGAAGCCCGUAACCUCCGUGCGGAUAACAGUCGUAUGCGCAGGGAGAUUGACUCCCUCAAGGCGGAGCUAAAGGCCCACCGCCGUGAGUACGCGGAGAUGCGUACCACGGUGGCAGCGGCGACCGAGGCGGCCAACACCCCGCGAGGCGCUCCUUCGAUGGAGGAGCUCAAGGACUUCAUCGUUACGUCGAUCGGCGCGGCGAUGAAGGACCAAUUGGCGGGCCUGGAGGAGCGCCUCCCGGCGAGGAUGCAGCGACCUCCCUCCGCGGCAGAUAAAACGCAGAUGUCGCAGGGUCCACCGCCGUCUAUCUCGACGGCCCGCCAGGACGGGGGUGUUGGAGCCCCAGCCAAGCCUAGGAAGGCGGCUGCUCUGGCUGCUCAGACCAAGCCCACCGCUUGCCUACCGAGCGCACCGGCACCGGCGACGUCCCAAACACCACCGAACCAGGAGACGUCCUGGUCCACGGUGGUGAAGAAGGGCAGGAAGGGGAGCAAGACCACCUCUUCCGACGCUAAGACGCUGCCGAAAACGCCCCAGCCAGCCAAAUCGAAGCUGGCCACCCCUCGCUCGGCUGCAAUCGUUCUCACGUUGCAGCCGGAAGCAGUAGGAAAGGGCGUCAACUACGCGCAGGUCCUGGAGAGAGCGGAGCAAAGUGUCAAGCUCCAGGACCUAGGAAUCAGCGGUGGGCUGAAGGUGCGACGCACGGCGACCGGAGCCAGGGCUCUCGAGCUGCCGAAAGCCCAAGCGGAGCAGGCCGAUAGGUUGGCGGCGAAGCUCCGCACAGUUCUCGACGGGGUCGCUGACGUAGUGCGCCCGGUCAAGAAGGCCGACCUGAAGGUGACGGGGCUCGACGACUCCGUCACCUUGGAGAAACUGGCCGCGGCGAUCGCGCACGCCGGUGACUGCUCCUCCGAGGCGGUGAAGUGCGGAGUGAUGCAGCGCGGACCCGGCUAUAUGGGGAUGGUCCGCGUCACCUGCCCCCUCACGGCAGCGAAGAAGCUGGCCGCUGCCGGUCGCCUCCUCGUCGGGUGGAGCUCGGCCAAGCGGCCAAGGAGUUUAGAAUGGAUCGAUUAUAGCGCUCAACUUGUCCGUUUGCCCGCGGAGUCGCUACAGCGUUAA